CGAGGCGGCGCGGUGGGCGCGCGCAGGCGCGGGGCGGGGCGGGCGCGCGGCGCUGAUGCAAGAGCCGAGCACGGACUGACCCCGCGGUACCGAGCGACCCCGGCCCGCGGCCCCCGCCGCAGACAUGUCCGGCGACGAGAUGAUUUUCGAUCCUACUAUGAGCAAGAAGAAGAAGAAAAAGAAGAAGCCCUUCAUGCUGGAUGAGGAAGGAGGAGGAGACAUACAAACGGAAGAGACUCAGCAAUCAGAAACAAAGGAAGUUGAACCAGAGCCAACAGAAGACAAAGAUGUUGAAGCAGAUGAAGAAGACAGCAGGAAGAAAGAUACAACAGAUGACUUGGAUGAUUUAAACUUCUUCAAUCAAAAGAAAAAGAAGAAAAAAACAAAAAAGAUAUUUGAUAUAGAUGAAGCAGAAGAAGGUGUAAAGGAAUUGAAAAUUGAAGGAGAUGUGCCAGAGACAGUAGAACCUGAAGAUGAUCUUGAUAUCAUGCUGGGCAAUAAAAAGAAGAAAAAGAAGAAUGUGAAGUUUCCAGAUGAAGAUGAGAUAAUGGAAAAGGAUGAAGCAUUCGAGGAUGAAGAUAGCAAAAAAGAUGAUGGGAUUUCCUUUAGCCUUCAGUCAGGACCUGCGUGGGCAGGCUCAGAAAGGGACUACACAUAUGAUGAGUUGCUCAAUAGAGUUUUUAACAUCAUGCGGGAAAAGAACCCGGACAUGGUGGCUGGAGAGAAGCGGAAAUUUGUCAUGAAGCCCCCGCAGGUUGUGAGAGUAGGGACCAAGAAAACAUCUUUUGUCAACUUCACAGAUAUCUGCAAAUUAUUACAUCGUCAGCCAAAACAUCUCCUGGCAUUUUUGUUGGCAGAAUUGGGUACAAGUGGUUCAAUAGAUGGUAACAACCAACUGGUAAUCAAAGGAAGAUUCCAGCAAAAACAGAUAGAAAAUGUCUUGAGAAGAUAUAUCAAGGAGUACGUCACCUGCCACACGUGCCGCUCCCCCGACACCAUCCUGCAGAAGGACACCCGGUUAUACUUCCUGCAGUGCGAGACCUGCCACUCCCGCUGCUCCGUGGCCAGCAUCAAAACAGGCUUCCAGGCUGUCACAGGCAAGAGAGCACAGCUCCGUGCCAAAGCUAACUAGGUUUGCUAAUCAACACUGGAGGAGUUGGCAAAGUGUUCUGGGGAGAUGGGACUGGACAGGUUUGCAAUCGGAGUGGAUUUACCAUUGUAUUAAAGCAAGGUUGUAAAAACGACAAAUUUGGCUUUUGAUUGAUUGGUCUGUGAAAUCCUUGCAAGAUGCAGAUCCUCAAGCUGUUCACAUACAUUUGCUCAUUGAAUAUAUUUUACCAACUGUAAAGGAGCGUGGUGGGAAAGGAGGUGCUUUUUAAUCCGUUCAGACUUCUGUAAAACACAAGAUAAAUUAAAGAUACUAUAACAGUGA